UUAGAAGCUCUUGAAAAAAUAUUAUUCCAUAAUUUUAAAUGUUAUCAAUUUGACUUUGACGUAUACCGAUGAUGGCCGAAAGUUCCCCGAACAGCUACGUUUCUUCUGUGCUGUCAGUGCCCUUGCAAACAACAGGCAGUAAGUGAAUUUCUUCUAAAUUUUUAUUAGUUUCUUUUGUGGACUUCUGUUUCUUACCGUAACUCAAUCGAACAACAAAUACCAAUUGUAAGGGCAAACAGCAAUAAUUAAGCACAAACAGGGCAUAGACAGCAGUAAGUAAGUAAGUAGGAACAGGAGACAGCAGUGGUUGGUAACACCACUAACAGGCAACAGCAGCAAACAGCAGGCGAUAGAGAGGAGUGGGUUUACGAAGCUUGUAGUCCCACCCAAUCACAACGGAGUGCCCCAGGCAAACGGGGCCACAAGCUCGUGUUUCGGGGAAGGACGGUGCUCCUUCCACCAAGCGACGCUGGGUCCCACCUUCAACACUCAGACAUCAAGAUGCUAUCUCACAGGAAUCCCGUAAUGAUAUGGUAUUUCGUAAGGUGCGCGGUAUCCUCAACAAGCUCACCCCAGAGAAAUUCAAGAAGCUGAGCGAUGAUCUGCUGCGCAUAGAUCUCCAGUCCACUGUCAUCCUGAAAGGUGUCAUCAUCCUGAUAUUCGAAAAGGCUCUCGAUGAACCGAAGUACUCGUCUAUGUACGCACAGCUGUGCAAACGGCUCUCCGAGGAAGCACCGAAUUUCGAACCGCCAGAUCAAGCGUGCACGUUCCGCGUUUUGCUACUCAACAAGUGUAAGGUGGAAUUCGACAAUCGGGCAGCCGCGGUCGAAUUCAAUGGCACUGAAGCGGGCAGCGAAGAGGAAGAGGAACGCCGGCAGGCGGCCAAGCGGAAAAUGCUCGGCAACAUCAAAUUCAUCGGAGAAUUGGGUAAAUUGGAAAUACUAUCGGAGAGCAUAUUGCAUAGGUGCAUCCACGAGCUGUUGGUCAAAAGGGGCGACGAUCCAUCCGAAGACCUGGAGUGCCUGUGCCAGAUUAUGCGGACCUGCGGCCGCGUCUUGGACACCAACAAGGGCAAGAACCUGAUGAACCAAUAUUUCGGCCGCAUGAAAUCACUGGCGGAGAACCAAGAACUGCAACCGCGAAUCAGGUUCAUGCUGAAGGACGUGAUCGACCUGCGCAGCGACGGUUGGGUGCCCAGGAAGGCGGCCGUCGUCGAGGGGCCGGUGCCGAUCGGCCAGCUCAGGCCGUCGCAGGACGAGCUGCUCAUGAUGGGCGGACAGGGCGGUUCGGCUUAUAGAAAUAUGUCGAGAGGAGGAAGAGGCCAUGGCGGAGGCAGCGGCGACAGAGAUGGAAGAGAUAGAGACGAUCGAGGCGGAGUAAAUGAAUUGUUCAGACAUCCCAUGAAAACCAGAGGCGGGCUCGAUGAUAUGCUGAUGGGCAUAAAUUUGGCGCCGACAACUCCCACACUGAUUCCGACCACACCGUUUGGCCACAACGGUUUCGCCGGCCAAAGGGACGGCAGUUUCCGUGGCCACAAUAAUCAACGCAGCGGCUACAACAACUAUAACAACAACCAGAGGGGCCAAUAUAAGCACAACCAGAAUAAUUCACAAUAUAAUCAGUCCAACAAAGAGGUGGCGCCGCGUUUCAAAAAGAACAACCUGAUCGUGUCGAAAGAUGAAAUGGAAGAAGUGGAGUUGCGCCCCAAUUCGAUGCUGAUCACGAAAGCGUCGUCUCUGAAGGCGAACAACAUGAACAACAAUCGCAUGAUCGAACCGCACCACGCGACGUACACGACGUCCGCGCCGUUGAAAACGCCGCCGACGGCGAUGCUGAAGGAGCCGCUGCCCAUUAAGCAGGUGCCCGCUGAAAAGCCGAAGCAGUCGAAGAAGGACAAAGGGCCGAGUAAAGAAGAAGUAUUGAAAAAGUUCAAUUCGUUGAUAGAAGAGUAUUGGAAAGGGGAAGUAGAUUUAAAACAAGCUAUUAACUCUUACAAGGAACACAAAGUUCCCGACAAGUUCGCUAAAGAAGUUAUUCUAAGUGGCCUGUCUGUCGCUUUGGACAAGUCAGAUAUCGAACAGGAGAAGCUGAUCAAGCUGUUGAGCAACCUGAAAGAGGACAACCUGGUGAACGGCGGCAUCGUGCAGGACGCGUUCAAGUCGCUGUGCCAUCUGGUGGACGAGCGCGAGAACGAGAUCGACAAAGUGACAGUGAGCGCGUCCGUGUUGUUCGCGACGGCGAUUUGCGAACAUCUGGUGCCGAUUUCGGACGUGGCGGCGCUCACGGAAAACGGCGCGCACUAUCCGCUGUUCCUUUUAGUAUUACAGCACAUACACAAGAAGAGGGGCAAGUCGGAGCUGUCCGAGAUAUUCAAUAAGAGCAAGAUAAAUCUGAUCGCUCAACUGCCCGAGGCCGACAAGACAAAAGAACGGCUGUCGGAAAUUUUAGAAGAACGCGAGCUAACAUUCCUGUAUCCGCUGCUGCGCAUCCAGGCGGACCUGGCGAAGCAGCUGCAGGCGGAUCCGAACCCGCAGUCCUUCUACAAGUGGAUUAAGGAGAACCUGGAGCCGUCCAAUUUCAACGACCCCGGGUUCAUUAAUGCGCUCAUGACUGUGUUACUCAAGUAUAUUACUCAAGAAUCAUCAAACGGUUGCGGCAGCGACGAAAAGGCGCUGGCCGAGAAGGAGACCAGCUUGCUGAAGCGGUACCAACCGGUACUGCACGCGUUCCUGCGCGACAAGUCCUCGCUGCAACUGGUCGCCGUCUAUUCGUUGCAGAUGCACUUCCACGCGCUGGCAUUCCCGCGCGGUCACCUCCUCCGUUGGUUCGUCAUGCUCUACGACAUGGAGAUCGUCGACGAGGAGGCGUUCCUCAAUUGGAAGGAGGACGUCACGGACGCUUAUCCUGGCAAGGGACAGGCGCUCUUCCAGGUAAAUCAGUGGUUGACGUGGUUGCAAGAAGCGGAAUCUGAGGAGGAAGAGGGAGACGAUUGAAGAAAAUGACACCACGAAGAGUCAUAAAAAGAAUUAGAGAAUAUUUAAUGGUUUAAGUUAUUAAAAUGCGAAGCGGACCGACAGUCCGGAUGAUUUAUUUUUUUAUUUGUUAGGAUUACACAAACACAGCGUGCUCUCGAUGAUGAUCAUUUUUUUUUUUUGACGUUUAAGUUCCGAUAUUUAUACAGCGGCGUACGCCGAAAUUCAAUAGAUUUUGGUCAGGCUGUGUCGAAACGUUGCGUUACACAGGGCGUGCCAGAAUUGAAUGGCAAUCUCGCGGAUGCGUAUAGAACAAGAAAAAUAAUGCCCAAGGUCAUAUAAAAAACGUCAAAAGUGAAAAUCGGUUUUUAUUAAAUAUAACCUGCACGAUGAUAUAUUUUAUCGCAAUCAAACAAGAAUGCUUUUUUCAGCAAAAAAUAUUGUUAGACAGGGUUUGAAAAAAAUUCGCAAUAUUCGCAUAUGUGGUUCUUUAUUAGGCCAAAAUUUCUUCCAAUUAUGCAGCGUUAUUAAAGUGUUAUAUGUGAACUUUUGACGUAAUGUUUCAUGUUCUGUAUGCACAGAAGAGAUUGACAUCUUCUGCCGGGGCACCCUGUAUAACCCCGAACCAGCUAAAUGCUAAGAAAAAGUUAGAUGUUUAAACGUAAAGUUAAGUUGCAUAGAUGAUGGGUUACGCCUUGAUCAAAUGAAGCCGUGCAAUUUGUAUGCCCAUUUUAAGAUAGUUGAUGCGAUAACGAGCAGAUUUUGCAUCAGAAAUCUACCGGGUGACAAUCCGUAUUUGAAUUGCUGAAAUUUUAGACACCGAUCCCAUAAUAAUUGAUGUUGCUUAUAAGUUCGUAUCGUCAGCGGUUCCUACUACAAUUGUAAGACGCCUUGAUUUUCAUAGCAUUUUCUCUCCUUCCGAAAUGCUGGGGUAUUUCUACUGUUCCGCGUCGGCGUAAGCGCUCUCCCAUUGUGAGGUUAUGUUUUCUUUUUGGAUCUUAAGAAGUUUCGUGCGUAUAAAACAGAUGAUAAACAUUAUGAAAUUUCUUCGGAUUCAAAAAAAACAUAACCUCUAAAUAGAGUGCUGACACGGAACAGCGGAAAUCUAGAAAUACUCAUGCCUUUGUGAAGGACAGGAAUAACUGUGGGAAUCAAGGAGGCCGUAGAGGAGAUACUGCCGUAGAGUGAAAACUAUGACGUUUCCUUGAGGAACGUACAUUUUCAUUUCACAUUAAGCUGUAGUAGUUGUCAUCAGAAGCUGUUCAGGCAGUGUCCUCGAAGUAGUAGACCGUAUUUUUGUCAUAAAUUUAUUAUAUCCGCCAUUCUGGAGACAAAAUAUAGCAUUUAUUCAAAUUUUGUUAAAAUUCUUUGUAGAGGAUAUGGACUUAUAUCUAAAGUUUCCAAUCGAGUUCAGUAUUUCAAAUGCUAUGCGCCAUCUGGUGGUUGUUUUGAUGCGAUAUUAGUUCGGUGUUGUACUGAUUAAGAGGACUUUUAGUGGAAUUGUAACACUUAGUUGAGUAAUAGAUAUUAUGUGAACUAUUUUUAUUUAAAUAAUCAAAUGAAGUGUAGUUAAAGUGAUGUAGAUCUGUAAGUAAACGAUGGCGAUUCUUGAAAUUAUAUAAUAUCAUGUAAUCAGUGAUGGGGACGCGUAUAUGCACCGCCACCACUUACCUCUCAAUGACUGUUUUCGAUAAAUUUCAUAUGAGCUUUUUAUCUAUAUAAUACUUUUUUUAAAAUGUGUUCUAAGUAUGUUGUCAUUUUUCAAGUAUUUUUGUUAUUAAACUAGUAUAAUUUUCUUAUACACUUAGAUUACUUAAUGUGUCACACUAAAACAUUACAAAUGUACUGUGAAAGUCUUGUGUUAAUAAAACUAUUCGAUGGUGUUUUUUUGCUGUCGAUGCAGAUUUUACUAUGCCUUUUUAUUUCGAAAUGUCUCCUUUCUCCGAAUGGAGACGCGGCGAAGAUAAAAUUUCACCUACGAGGUCUGUAUAUUAAGUGGCGAGUCCGGCAACGUAGCGUUCGACCUGGCAACACUGGAC